CUUUAUCAAACCCACAGCUUCAUCCGAUCGCUUAGCCUCAAAAUGAAAAAUCGAGCCGAUCCUCAUGCGCCGAUACCGUCGUACCGGGGCGUCCGGAAACGGAAAUGGGGGAAAUGGGUGUCGGAAAUCCGCGAGCCGGGGAAGAAGACCCGCAUUUGGCUCGGCAGCUACGAGGCCCCCGAGAUGGCGGCGGCGGCCUACGACGUGGCCGCGCUCCACCUCAAGGGGCACAGGGCGGAGCUCAAUUUCCCCGAGCUGGCGCCGAGCUUCCCGCGGCCGACUAGCUUCAGUCCCGAGGACGUGCAGUUCGCGGCGGCGCAGGCGGCAUUGCAUAUAAAAAGCAUAGCGUCGGGGGACGUAUCGGCGAGGUCGCCGUCCAGGGUGGGUAUGAGCUCGGUUCCGACUCGGGUUGGGUUGUCAGCGAGUGAGAUUCGGGAGAUUAACGAGUGGCCGAUGGACUCGCCCAGGAUGUGGAUGAUGGAGUUGAGAGAGGAGCCUCUGGUCUUGAGUGAUGAGAUGUUUGAACUCAGUGAGUGGGAAGAAGUGGAAAAUCAGUAUUCAAUUUGGGAUUUAUAGACAAAUAAAAACAAUUUUUUUUUAACUUAUAUGAAUUAGUAGGGUAUAGGGUUUUUUUUUCUUUUUUUCUUUUUCUUUUGUUUGGAAGGGGAGAAAUGAGUUGGGUUUUUUAUAUAUAGCUCAUUUU